GAAAUGAAAAUCCCAGGAUAAAACGCAGUAGAGUCGAAAUAGUUAAAACGUAAAACGACUUUGCUCGUCUCUCACCCUACACUCUUUGGAAAAAGGUUCUCCAUUGCUAGAUCUCUUGGGAUUUAAAUUCCUGUUCUUUUUUUUAUUUUGAGUUUUGAAAAAAAAAUCGGAUUCCGAGUGAUUGAUAUCAGUCAUGAUUUCUUCAAGCAAGAUCAAAUCCGUUGAUUUCUACAGGAAAAUCCCUAGAGAUUUAACAGAGGCAUCCUUAUCCGGUGCAGGGUUAUCCAUAAUAGCAGCAUUGGCUAUGAUGUUUUUAUUUGGAAUGGAAUUGAAUAAUUAUUUAGCAGUCAGCACCACUACAUCUGUUAUUGUUGACAAUAGUUCUGAUGGAGACUUUUUGCGCAUUGAUUUUAACAUGAGUUUUCCAGCGCUAUCAUGUGAAUUUGCUUCUGUUGAUGUGAGUGAUGUCUUGGGAACUAACAGGUUGAACAUAACAAAAACCAUACGAAAGUUCUCAAUAGAUCCACAUUUAAGACCCACUGGUGCAGAGUUUCAUUCCGGACCUGUUCUACAUUCUAUUAAGCAUGGAGAUGAAGUUGAUGAAGAAACUGUCGAGGGUGCUGUACCAUUAAAUGGUGUUAGCUUUGACAAACUUUCACAUCUGUAUCCAAUUUUAGUUGUCAAUUUUUAUGCUCCUUGGUGCUACUGGAGUACUCGCCUGAGACCAUCAUGGGAGAAAACUGCCAACAUAAUAAGGGAGAGAUAUGAUCCAGAAUCAGAUGGGCGUAUUCUUUUGGCCAAGGUUGAUUGUACUGUAGAAGUUGACUUGUGUAAGAGGCAUCAUAUUCAAGGGUAUCCAUCCAUUCGCAUUUUUCGUAAAGGCAGUGAUCUGAGGGAGGACCAUGGACACCAUGAACAUGAAUCUUAUUAUGGAGAUCGUGAUGCAGAAACUCUGGUUAAGGCAAUGGAAGAUUUGGUUGCUUCUGUUCCACAGGAGAGCCAGAUGCUGGCUUUAGAGGAUAAAUCCAAUGUAUUGAAACUACCGGCACCAUUGACUGGAGGAUGCAGAAUUGAAGGAUACGUGCGUGUUAAGAAGGUUCCCGGCAACCUUAUAAUCUCUGCUCGUUCAGGCGCCCAUUCUUUUGAUGCUUCUAAAAUGAACAUGUCUCAUGUCAUAAGCCAUCUUUCGUUUGGUAAAACGAUUUCACCUUGGUUACUGAGUAAUGCGAAGCGAUUAAUACCUCAUCUUGGUAGAAGCCAUGACAGGUUGAAUGGUCGGUCAUUCAUUAAUCACAGGGAUUUAGAUGCGAAUGUUACGAUAGAGCAUUACCUUCAAAUUGUCAAAACAGAGGUGGUUACAAUGAAAUCUUCUCGGGAACAUACGUUAAUCGAGGAAUACGAGUACACCGCGCACAGCAGUCUAGCACAGAGCAUAUACAUACCCGUUGUGAAGUUUCAUUUCGAGUUAUCUCCGAUGCAGGUUUUGAUAACGGAAAACCCGAAAUCGUUUUCGCACUUCCUCACUAACGUCUGCGCUAUAAUAGGAGGUGUUUUCACGGUAGCUGGGAUUUUGGAUUCAAUAUUACACAACACAAUUAGGGUGAUGAAAAAGGUAGAAUUAGGCAAAAACCAUUGAUAGAGAAAAGAGGGGGAAAUGUAUUGUGUAAAGGAGUCUAAUUAGUGAGGAUUAUUAUAUUAAGGAAAUGACAUAAAAACACGAUAGACGAAUAUUUUAUUU